GACAUUUGCAAUGUCAAUAUUAUUGACAUUUUGCAAAGAAGUAAUUUUGGUCAUGCUGGUCCAGUGUGGCACAUUCAAAUGGAAGUUAUUUCCCACACAGCUCUUGCAUGUUAUAGCAUUUAUAUACUGGAGUGGUUUACCAACUCUGGUCGCCAGGCUCGUGUAUUUGUCUGAAUCUGAAAAUUGUAAAUUGAUGCUGAAAUGCCCAAGUUUCUGGGGAAAUGUUAUUAUUCAGAAUGUACAGUGAAAUGCGCCUAAGCGAAGGAAACUCGUUUUCACACUCUCUAAUACAUGUCAUAAAGAUGGUAUGGGGUGUGAGUGAGAUUCUACCGCGUAAUUGGCAUAUGAGACCCCCCCUUCUCCGUAUCUAUAGGGCGUGUGUGAAUUAGAGUGAGCUUGCUGCUGCGUGUGCGCCUGAAAGCGGUGGAGGGAGCCGUGCUCCACUACGGCGAAUUUGGACGGCAUUGCACUUGAAUACUUUAGAAACAGAAAGGACGAGGGACAUGUAGUGCAUAUAGAUUUUCUACACUGGAAUAUAGACACACGCAUACUCAACCGCCCCCUUCUCUCUCUCUCUCUCGCCUCCCUCUCUCUCUCUCUGUCCCUCGUUCCCCCCACACCACUAUAACGGUGCGUAAAAUAUAUGAGUUAAUUUAACUUUAUGCCAUGGCUUACGUAUUUUGAAUGGCUCACUUCGUUCGUGGAUUACUGUUUAAAUUUUCCAUUUUGCAUCUCCGGAAUAUUGGGCUGCGUCGACUCCAACUGUGAACAAAUUCUUCUCUGAUUGGUGAGGUAAUAUUUUUGCGUGCCGACAGACUGUCGAAACGCGAAGACCACGUUCAAUGCCGUUGGAACAUGUCCUAUGUUCCCUUUCAAGAUGCGAGGUGUGCUGUCCCCCCCUCCUAUCGCCCCCACGCCUCCUUCGCUGCUCCCUCCUACGACCACCCUGGCUGGGACCCCCGCAUGCGUGUGACCUCUGGAAAUCAGCUCUACAUGUUGGACCAGGAAGAGGUACACCCCUUGCUGAUGCGCGAGCGGCGCUCAGAGUCUCACAGGAACAAGCUGCUGCGCAGGACAGUCAGUGUUCCUGUUGAGGGAAGGCACCAUCCAGAGAUGGACAACGCUCGCGCCAGGCGGAAGAGCAUAGCCACCGGGAAGCAGCCGAGCAUGGAGACCCCCCCCUCUGCCCCCCCUCAACCCUUCCGACAAUCCAGUUUCCUGAGCCGCAGACUGAAGGGUUCCAUUAAGCGGGCCAAGAGCCAGCCCAAACUGGACCGCACCAGCAGCUUCCGCCACAUGAUCCUGCCCCGGUUCCGCAGCGCUGAUCAGGACAGGACUCGCCUGAUGCAGAGCUUCAAGGAGUCCCAUUCCCAUGAGUCUUUGCUGUCUCCCAGUAGUGCUGCGGAGGCACUGGACCUCACCCUGGACGAGGAUGCCAUCAUCAAGCCUGUCCACUCCAGCAUCCUGGGCCAGGAGUAUUGUUUCGAGGUGACGACGGCUUCAGGAACAAAGUGCUUUGCAUGCCGCUCUGCCGCAGAGAGAGACAAAUGGAUCGAGAAUCUUCAGAGAGCCGUCAAGCCCAACAAGGACAACAGCCGGCGGGUGGACAACGUGCUGAAGCUGUGGAUCAUCGAGGCGCGCGAGCUGCCGCCCAAAAAGCGCUACUACUGCGAGCUGUGCCUGGACGACAUGCUGUACGCGCGCACCACCAGCAAGCCGCGCACCGACACCGUCUUCUGGGGCGAGCACUUCGAGUUCAACAACCUGCCGGCCGUACGCAACCUCCGCCUGCACCUGUACAAGGAGACCGACAAGAAGAGACGCAAGGAGAAGAGCACUUACUUAGGCCUGGUCAGCAUCCCCAUCUCCAGCAUCACUGGCCGGCAGUUUGUGGAGCAGUGGUACCCCGUCAUCCAGCCCAGCGUCCUGGCCAAGGGCGGCGGCGUUGGGGGCGGCAAGAUCAUCAACGCCUCGCUGCGCCUCAAGUCGCGCUACCAGACCAUGAGCAUCCUGCCCAUGGAGCUGUACAAGGAGUUCGCCGAGUACGUCACCAACAACUACCGCACGCUGUGCGCCGUGCUGGAGCCGCUGCUGAGCGUCAAGAGCAAAGAGGAGGUGGCCUGCGCCCUGGUGCACAUCCUCCAGAGCACGGGGAAAGCAAAGGACUUUCUGUCAGAUAUGGCCAUGUGUGAGGUGGACCGCUUCACUGAGAGAGAACACCUCAUUUUCCGCGAGAACACCCUGGCCACCAAAGCUAUAGAAGAGUACCUCAAACUGAUUGGACAUAAGUACCUCAAGGAUGCUUUAGGUGACUUCAUCCGAGCCCUCUACGAGUCUGAGGAGAACUGUGAGGUGGACCCCAUGAGAACCCCUCCCUCUGUCCUCGCCGACCACCAAGCCAACCUGCGCAUGUGCUGUGAGCUGGCACUCUGCAAGAUCGUCAACUCCCAUUGCGUGUUUCCUCGCGAGCUCAAGGAGGUCUUCGCCUCCUGGCGGGUCCGCUGUGCUGAACGCGGCCGCGAGGACAUCGCCGACCGCCUCAUCAGUGGCUCCCUCUUCCUGCGCUUCCUGUGCCCAGCCGUCAUGUCGCCGUCGCUCUUCAACCUCACCCAGGAGUACCCGGACGAGCAGACGUCGCGCACCCUCACCCUCAUCGCCAAGGUGGUGCAGAACUUGGCCAACUUCUCCAAGUUUGGCAGUAAGGAGGAGUACAUGUGCUUCAUGAACGAGUUCCUGGAGAUGGAGUGGGGCUCCAUGCAGCAGUUUCUGUACGAGAUCUCCAACCUGGACAGCGUGACCAACGCGGGGGCCUUCGAGGGCUACAUCGACCUGGGCCGCGAGCUCUCCAUCCUGCACAGCCUGCUCUGGGAGGUCAUGGCCCAGCUCAGCAAGGUGCUCAACGCAAACGUCAACAUGCAGAACACACAGGCAGAUGAGGACCAGCACGCCUCAGAUGCCAUCAUCAAACUCGGCCCAUUACCCCGGCUGCUUAACGACAUCAGCAUGGCCCUGCGCAACCCACACCUCCAGCGGCAGCCCAGCCACCAGACGGAGCGGCAGCAGGAGCGGCAGGCCGAGCGGCUCCGCUCCAGACCCAGCUUCAACCGCGGCGUCUCCUCCGACUUCCAGAACCUUAUGAUGCGGGACCUGAACAGUUCCAUAGAUGUCACCCGCUUGCCUUCCCCGACCUCUGCCAUGUCCAGUGGAGGUGUGGGCGUGCCAUCAAGGGCUGGGAUGCCGGGGUUCAUGGACCGUGACCACCCACAUCGAGCCUCGUCGAAAGACGUCUUCUACGUGACCCGACCCCCUUUGGCCCGCUCCAGUCCCGCCUACUGCACCAGCAGCUCCGACAUCACCGAGCCGGACGCCAAGGACUCGCGCAUGAACAGCGUGUCUAAUCUGCAGUCUGUGGGGGAUAUGCUCAACUCCUCCCAGGCCUCCCUCUCCGGCCUCGGCAGCUUCGGCGGCCUCGGAGGCCUCGGUGGCGGCGGUGGUGGCAGCGGAGGCGGCGGGAGUGGCAGCGGCGGGCUGGGCGGUCAGCUCCGCGCCGGGGGCCGGCUUUCGGCCGGCUCGGGCGGCUCCAGCAUGUCCGGCGGCCUGCGGCUGAGCCAGCUGAGCCAGAUGGGCGCCACCACCGACUCGCUCUCCCAGCAGCAGCAGCAGCAGGCGGCCGCCAUGCGCUACCCGCUCUCCUUCCAGAACCCGCUGUUCCACCUGGCCGCCGACGGCCCCCAGCACCAACACCACCACCAACACCAUCAGCUCCACCACCAGCACCCGCACGGCGGCGGACGCGCUCAGCCGCCCCCUCCGCUGCUGCUCGCCCCCGAGCCCGACGGCGUGCACCAGGGCUACGCGCCGCAGUUCGGCCACAGCGGCUUCUCGCGCAGUGAGGACCUGUCCACCCUCCGCACGGCCUCGCACCUGGGCCAGCCCAGCAUCAUCCACUCGCACAGCUACAGCGACGACUACACGCGCCACAGCCAGGCCGACUACGGCCGCCGACAGCUUUCCAUGCACAAGCAGGACAACCUCCAGCAGCAGGAAAUGAUGAAUCUGGCCUCCCAGACCGGCACCUCCCACUCCUCGUUGGCCUCGCCUCCGUCCACCGUGCAGCCCGUGCGCCAGAGCUCCAUGGCGCCCCCUGGGGGCCAGCCGCAGCCUGCCCAGCGCAUGAAGUCCCAGACGUCGCACCAGCUGUCCGUCAGCUCCGCCGCCGCCUCCACCCCGCCCAAGCAGCAGCGUCCGCAGAGCGGCAACCUCCUGCAGUCGCCCGAGUCGGCGGGGGGAUACGGCGGCGGGCGGCAGCAGGCGGCGCCGCGGCAGCAGCUCUCGGUGAAGGACAACACGGCGCCCGGGCUGCCCCAUCAGCAGAGCUCCGCUCGCGAGAGUCAGGGGUCGCAGGGGUCACAGGGGGGCACUCCGCAGUCCACGCAGCAGUCGUCCAAGCAGCAGCCUCAGCAGCAGCACCUGCUGAAACCCACCAUGAGCAAACAGGGUUCUCAGUCCCCCUCCACACUCAACCCCCCCACCCCGGCCUCGGAGCGGACGGUGGCCUGGGUGUCCAACAUGCCCCACCUGUCGGCCGACAUCGAGAGCUCACGCAUCGACCGAGAGGACUUCAAGCUGAAAGAGUACUCUAAGAGUAUGGACGAGUCUCGGCUUGAUAGGGUGCGCGAAUACGAGGAGGAGAUCAACUCUCUGAAGGAUCGCCUGAUGAUGUCCCACCGCAAGCUGGAGGAGUACGAGCGCCGGCUGCUCACGCAGGAGCAUCAGACCAAUAAGAUCCUGCUGCAGUACCAGAGUCGGCUGGACGACAGCGAGCGCAGGCUCCGGCAGCAGCAGCAGGAGAAAGACUCCCAGAUUAAAGGGAUUAUAAACAGACUCAUGGCAGUGGAGGAUGAGCUGAGGGGUGGAGCUUUGGUUGAGCCUAAAACCAGGAUAUUCGCUGAGCAGGGGAGGCGGCAGUCCAUCCUAGUGCAGCCCCGUCUCGCUCCUGCCCCACCCAGAAUGCACAGGAAGGCCAGCUUUCCUCCUUGGGUUCAGCAGACCGCAGUGUGAAUAAAGGAGGAGGAAGAGGAAUAGCCCUCGCAGCUGACCCUGGAGUCUCUUCCUCUGGACUCUCCCCAGACAAACCCCCUCGGA